UUCAUUUCUCCUUCCUGUGAAAUGGGAACAUUUCCGGGGGUCCUUUGUUGACGAGCACUAUUUAAAACCGAGGCUCGGUCGGAGGUUUAUUCGUUCUUUUUUCUUUCACUCAGCGGGUUUUAAUCACAUCGAAGACCCGAACAUGUCUCAGGCUCGAGUGACGGACUUCUUCUCCCAGAGGAAGAAAGUCCUCUCGGCUCCUCUGAAGACCUCCAGGCAGCGUGUGGUCCACCAGACUGACUCCACAAAGUUAAGAUCGGCUGUUAACAACGAGGAUGAUCUCUGCUCGUCCUCCAUCCACGAAGAGUUUGUUCGAGUCAUUGACGAAGCAGCAGCCUUAAACAACGGAGAGUCCGCGACCUGCACCCGGAAAACCUCCCCCUCCAGCCCCAGGACUCCGAAGAGGACCUCCACGGACAGCGAGUUUGACCUCGGAUCAGCCGUGUUUUCAGCCACUGCCACCCACAGCACGGCGAAGAAGAGGCGACAGGUUGAGGCUGUCAGAGACACCAGAUCCAGCACCACAGAGAAGAAGGACCUGAAGAGGAGGGCGAGGAAGAAACUGGUCCUACCUCAAGACUCAGCUCAGGUCCAGACUGAGCCCAGUGAGGUGACCCUGCAGCCCUCAGCUCCUGCAGCUCCUGAACCAGGGCUUAAUGCCAACAACCAUGUUACAGAGAAGACCCCCAGCUCUACUCAGGCCAGCACCAAGACCAGCAGAGGACAGGUUAUUCACAAACCAGACAUCGCAUCACUCAAGACUCGCCUCCAGAGGAUCAAGAAACAUGCCGAUAAUCUGGCUGCUGCUGCGUCUGAUGGCACGUCGUCCGUCUCUGCGUCUCCAGCUGCACCCAAAACCACGACCUCCCCAGCUUCUCAGACCGCCAGGCUCCUCCCUGCUGAAGCUAAGGCCCUGAAGUCUGCUGUAGCACAAGCAAGUGAGCUCGCAGCUAAAGCUCAGAGGAGGAAGGCAGAGGAGAGGAAGGCAGAAGAGAGCAAGCAGACAGAGGCACAGACACAGGAAAGUGUCGAGCAGGCGGCGUACCAGAAGUACCACACUCUCGCCCAGGCCGCCCCCCCAGGCCUCUCCCUGCCGUACCACUACAAAAUCCUGGCAGAGAUGUUCAGGAGUAUGGACACGGUGGUCGCCAUGCUGUUCAACCGCUGUGAGACGGCCACCUUCAGCAAAAUCAAACAGGGGGUCCAGGACAUGACGCAUAAACGCUUCGAGGAGAACCAUGUGUGUCAAAUAAAGACGGUGUUUCCUGAGGCCUUCACAUUCAGACAGGAGAAGAACAUCCCAACCUACAACAACAGCAUUAGGACGGGGAGCUACCAGCUCACUGUGGAGCCUGUCCUUCCUUCUGACCAGAAUGAAGCCCGCCCUCUCCUCUCAGCGUCCCGCCUCCUCGACAGACGACACAUCUUCCACCAGAACAUGCUCUCUAUCGUCAAACAGCAUCACACGGUCUUCCUGUCCUCCUUGGCUCCCCCGAUGUCCGUCCCUGAAGACAAACUAACCCGCUGGCAUCCGCGCUUCAACGUGGACACUGUUCCUGCCAUCCAGCUGUGCUCGCUGCCUCAGCCCCCUCACACUGAGAAACUGACCACCGCUCAGGAGGUGCUGGAUAAGGCUCGCUCCCUGAUCACGCCCAAGAUAGAGAAGGCUCUGGUUUCACUGGCUCUGAAGACAGAAGACAAAACUGAAGAGAAGAAAGAGACCACAUCAACACAGAGUCCAGCAGUCCCUGAAACACAAGCUGCCCCCCCAACCGCCCUGAAAGGAGUGUCCCAGUCUCUGCUGGACCGGAUCAGAGCAAAGGAAGCCCAGAAGUUACAGGCAGCCAUGACUCGAAACUCCACCCAGGAGGAGCGCCUGCUGAUGAUGUCACGGCUCCCUGAAUUGGCGAGGAUCCUCCGUAAUGUUUUUGUGGCGGAGAAGAAGCCGGCGUUGAUCAUGGAGGUCGCCUGCAACAGGAUGGUGGCCAGCUACAGAUCGGCUCUCAGCACAGGAGAAAUGGAGAAACAUAUCCGCCUGCUGGCAGAGGUGGCAGCUAAUUGGCUGACAAUUCAUCCAAUCAGGAAAGACUUCUAUCUGAAGAUGAACAAGAGCAUGGAGCUGAACAUCGUUCUGGACAAACUGAGCAGCAGACUCCGAGAAGAGGAGAGACUCUGACGUGUGAAGUGGUGACCAUGCUGCCCUCCUCAGGUCUGUGCUGUCGAAGGUUCUGCAGACGACAGACCAGCUGGUUUCACUUUUUGUCAACCUGCCUCAGUAGGAUGUUCUUAUUCUGAGGCUGACUGAGCCACACUUCGUCUGUGGACUCUGCUGCCCUCAUGAGGUGUGAGAAGGCUGCUUUAACCACAUGAAGGGAUGAGCUUUUUUAUUUUUCCUCUGAAGUGUUGCAGAUCUGACUCCCAGGAUCAUUUUUCUACAAUGUAGAGCUGAUAAUGUUUAUAUUUUUAAGGUCCUUGUUUGUUAAUGUUGAAGAAAUACAAACAUUUGUAAGACCUUGCUGUCUCCAUUUUUUUUCUAGCGUGAUUUUAUUAAAUAUGUUUGUCAGAAAAACAAAGAGCGGUGUUUUAAUAAACUGAAAGUGACGCCAAGAUAGUUCUCACGAUUUCAAACCAGGAGAAAAAGAUGUCCGCUGUGUCGAAGAGGAAGUUCAGGAAAAAAUGUUAUUAGUGAAUUCUUGUUGAAUCAAAAGAGUAGAUCUGAACACUUUACCUCCUUUGACAUCGUUUCUACAUUUGUGUCUUUAUGUCAUUGACACCAGGACGACAAAGCUUGUGUUACGGACUCUGUCUGGUUCUGGUUUUGGAGUUUUAUCUUAAUCUGCUCUGGUGAUUAAUGAGAGUCUGACUAGAUCUGGGCGAACCAAAUCCACCCUGCAGGAUUUGAUUUAGUGCAAAGAUCAUAAAUGUAUUUUUUAUCGUGUACCAGACAAUCAAGUGCAGCCCAUGGGACCUCUAAUGACCCCUAAGAAUAAAACAAACUUAAAAACA